AUGAGUGGUCCUGGUGAGAAUCGCUGGCGACGGCAGGGUCAAGCCAACCGCAACUCAGGCGCAAACACCCCCACCAAGGACGCUGGUGGCCGGCCGCAGUCCAUGGCCGCCGCACCUGCGGGCAAUGUCUGGGGAACCAAGCAGGCAAAAGCCUCGGGUCCUACGCCGGCUGCACAAGCUCAGGCCCAGCCCGAGCACCAUGUGCCCGUCAAAGACUUCAAUGCCAACGAGGUCAAGGAAUUCCUCAAGAAGAAAUACCUCGAGAGUACCGCCAACCAGCCAGCGGUAUAUCACAAGGUCCCGGGUGACUCGGUGUCGAACAGGAGCAGCGGAGCAUGGGGCAAAGGCGGCACCAUGCCGCACCUCAUGACAACGGGGCAGGACUUCUUCACGCAGCUCAAGAAGCAGCUGGCGACGAUGGACCAGACCAAAGCAGCGCAAUAG